UCCUGAUCGGUGGGAGGAUCCUAUGUUUGUCUGUCCUGUUUUUUAGCACCCUCUAUGUAGGCUAAUUUACCGAAUACUGCAGCAAGGGUGUCACGAUCCAGAGAGAAGGAAGGCAAGUCGGGAGUAAAAUCUGAACAGCGGCCAGAAGAGAGUAAUGGCAGCCAUUAGGAAGAAGCUAGUGAUCGUGGGGGAUGGAGCCUGUGGAAAGACUUGUCUUCUCAUCGUCUUCAGUAAAGACCAGUUCCCCGAGGUCUACGUGCCCACAGUGUUCGAGAACUACAUCGCUGACAUCGAGGUUGAUGGCAAACAGGUGGAGCUGGCGCUGUGGGAUACAGCCGGCCAGGAGGACUACGACAGGUUGAGGCCUCUCUCCUACCCCGACACAGAUGUCAUCCUCAUGUGCUUCUCUAUCGACAGCCCCGACAGUUUAGAAAACAUCCCAGAGAAGUGGACCCCUGAGGUGAAGCACUUCUGCCCCAAYGUUCCAAUCAUCCUGGUGGGCAACAAGAAGGACCUGAGGAAUGACGAACACACACGGAGGGAGCUGGCCAAGAUGAAGCAGGAGCCAGUGAAGCCAGAGGAGGGCCGGGACAUGGCUAACCGUAUCAGUGCCUUUGGCUACCUGGAGUGUUCAGCCAAGACAAAGGAUGGCGUGAGGGAGGUUUUUGAGAUGGCCACCAGGGCGGCACUGCAGGUGCGCAAGCGCAAGAAGAGGGGUGCCUGCCUGCUGUUGUGAGGAAGAGGAGGAAGAAGACCUCAGUCGUCAACUGACAAAACAACAACAUAUAUAUAUAUAUACGCAGGACUGACCUUUUACCAAAUGGCAUCUUUGUACUGUAUCUCAUUUCACGCUAAAAAGGUUGGCGGCCGAAAGUGCUGAACGUAAAAUAACAAGGAAAAGGACUGGUCUGUAACACAGGUUAUAAAUUAGUGUUUAAACUUCUCAGCAUUGUUUUUGUUUGUUAUGCUUAUUCCAUGCAAUGGGCACACUGUCUUUCGUCUAKUUUUUUCCCCACAAGCGUUUCUUUUCCCUGUCGCUUUUGAGAAGAUAAUAAAUGCACAUGUAUUUGUAUGCAACAUAUUUGGCUGUCCUUCCCUGGGCCUGUAGAGUCRGUCCCCUGAGCUUGUGUUGUCAACAUGCACACUGUUGGAAUCAGGACUCACCYAAACUCUUGUUCAUUUGUAACCCGUCCUGUCCGCUAGCAUAGAUUCUAUGGUAAGAGGGUCUACUUUCCAGGGGAGAGGUUUUGCUCUUUAGAACCAGUGCCUUUUUGUUUUUAGUUAUUUUUCAAGUCAUUGCAUACCACCAAGUAAUGCUCCUCCUGACCUGUUGGGCAACUCACUAUCAGGGGAGCGGAGGGCCUCCCCACGUUAAUUAUACACAGUAUGUAUUGUAAUGCAAUCCGAGCUUUGCUGCAUGUAACCUAGGCUUUGAGGGCUGUCGACAACUAGCMGCAAGAAACGACUUCAGAGUUAAUUUUACUUAGGAGAAAGCAUCAGCUAGUCCGUACAGCAUAACAUAGUCUGAAAUAAGUCCCCCACACGCACACACUUGGUAAAGGACUGGUAGUCAGAGCACCUCAUGGCACUGUAACAUGACCCUACAGAUAUGUGUGCAGAGAAGUCCAUCCGCCCCCUCAAAUAAGGUCUGGCUUGAACAGCUGUUCCUCACAGUCGUUCUGUACAGAGAAGCUUGAAUAUCCCCACAUAAACAGACGCUAACAUGACUUUAAAGUACCACCACACCAGGAUGUGACAAGUUAAAACAGGUGUUGCAUGAUGAUUAGGGGAGCAUGGUCUACAGUAGCUACAGUAGGUUUGUAUGAGUUGACACAAUCCUCUUUUUAGAACGAGAAUGGCAAUGUAUUUGUCACAAGGCUGGAGCUACUGGGGUAUGAGGGAUAUGGUAUGGGGGGACUGACUGACUGGUGGAUUCUGCCUCGAGAUCCUGUCAAGGUUGACUGGCCUGGAGAUUUCCAGUCUGACUGCAUUCUAAAGCAGCAUUCUGAGGAGCCACAUGAGUGUUUUUCAGUGCCUUCUCUUUCCUGGUAACCUGUGUGACUUUAGCGUUCCCCUCCCCGAGAGCUGAGCAGAGAGCCUGGACCGGUUGCUCAAUGCCAACAUGCCACAGCCAGUCAACUUUGACACCUCUGUCAUGUUGCACAAAGCUCAACACUCCCAGCACUCACUCACUCGGCCAUAAAGAAUGUCAGGGGGAAAUGAUGCUUGACAAAUUAAGAAUUUCACUGAAUAUUUUUCCAAGGUACACUUUGCCACAGCGUUCCCCUAAACAUACCUGGUUGAAACCCCCAGUUAGAAUUCGAUCAUCCAUAGAUAAGAUCUCUUCAGCUCGGUGGUUGAUUGUAUUUCAUUUGAGGAAGGAAACUCCCAGUGUACUAUGCCUGAUUUUUCAGGAACUGGUUUGGUGCUAUUUGACAAGAAGGCAAGACCUGAAAACAUGUUUUUUUUUUUUUUUUUUUUAGAUACUUCUGUUGGCUGCCAAGAAAGUCCCCACACAAUUCUCUCUCCCUACCUGUCGCACAGCUAAAAUGACGUGCUCUGCACUGUGUUAUGUUAACAGUAACGUUUGUAGGGAUCCAAUUUGUAAGUCGCUCUGGAUAAGAGCGUCUGCUAAAUGACUUAAAUGUAAAUGUAGGGUGUGCUACUGAGUUGGAAAUUACUUUAACAUUCGGACAUGAUUUCAUGUCUUCUGUCAUUUUUUUUCAUAUUACACUGCUGAGAACAAUGAAAUGCAUCGGGGUUGCUGAAGUCACUGGUCAACCUAGGCUGUGGUUUUUGUUACCGUUUGUCAUUUGACUUGAUUUACGUAAUGGAACCACUGGAGCUAUAGCAUGCCUGAGACUAGCGCUGGAAUAUACUGUAUCCUGGCUCCUUUCGGUCUUUAGCUUUUUAAACCACCUAUUUCCAUWAAACUUUUUACUUGUGUCCACCAUGGCUCCAACAUUACACAACAACUCCAAUAUGCAUGAUCUCUCUUUUCUGUAUUGCUUGGACUAGGUUAGACAUUUCACUUGCAUGGAAGUGGAAAUGACUAUUUAAGUUUACUCUUUUGUAUCCUAUGAUGUUGACCAUUUGUCUAACGGGAGCCCGAUGAGCCUUUCUCUACUGAUUCUUCWCAGCGUUCCUAUUUCUCCUGGUUUGUGUCUGUCGUUCUUCUGCCUGUGUCCAUAAACCGGUCAGUCCAACCAAACAGGGCUCAACUUUCCAAAUGUCCAUCAGCAAUGUCACAUGAUGGGUUUAAAGGGUUGCAUGUGACCUGGUGUGUGAUGCUAGCGAUAACAGGUAUUCCACAAUGCCAACGGAAAAAUAUUAGCUGGUUCGAUUGACAGAGCCCUCUGCUGGCCAAGUCAUCCAUGUUAACAGAGCUUCUACUGUGGUAGGAAAAUGACUUCACGUUCAAGCAGACAGAAACCGGGCGGUGUUAUAAGCGGUGUCCCAGUAUCACCCAAUAUUGUGACUGUUCAGGAGUGAAGCUCAGAGGAAAUAUGAGUUUGUCCCUUCAGGAGUAUGUUUGACUACACAAAAUGGAACUUAUGACAUUUGCCAUUUUGUUACUAUAUUACCUUUUUGUAUGGGUGUAUGUUUAAACAGUGUUUCCAUGUCUCCAACUCAUGUAAAGGACAGCAACUUUUAAGAUUUCAGACAUUUACGCCAACCUAAAUGCCAAGGAAUUCUGGGACAUCUAAAUAAAGGCAUUUGCAAGACUAUAUGUCCAGCAUAAUGUUAAAACCAACCCCCACCCCAAAGCAGAAGGCAAACUACAUAUCAAGAUAAGCAUGUAGACUGCUGUUUUGUGUACGCUGCUACUAAACCUAGAUCACACUACUACUAAACCUAAUCUUGUCUUUUAUGUCGGUGUCUGCAUGAGUGAAACUAUGGUCUCUACAGCAGUUGCUCCACUAUGGGAACAGCUUCGAUCUGCUCAGUGUCUAACUCCUCUUUCUGGAAGUAUCUAAAAUAACAAUCCAGAUUUGUAUAAGAAAGCUCAUUGUAAUAAUGCUUAAACAGAAAGUGAUGUAGUGAAUGUUUGAUUAAAGUGAACACGAACAAUGUUAAUAAACUAUUUUUGAGACGAGAUUAUA